GGGAGGGAGAGAAAAAGGAAGUUCUGCGAUCAGUAUUUUGUGUCUAUUUUUUCCUAAAGUUGAACAAACUUUGACGGACUGAAGGUCACCUGGAGGCACAGGGGGGGUCCGGGAUGCUGAGCUGGGGGAUCUGAUGGGCAGGAAGGACACCAGUUUGUCAGAUGUUGUGCACAGCUGAUGACAGCAUAAAAUAUUAACUCUUUUCCAGGCCUUGGGCCUCGAGUGACCACAGAAAGAUCCUGGACAGAGAAGGACAAAAAUGUCUUCUGACCUGGACUCCAGUCUCACCAGCAUUGACUGGCUGCCCAAACUGGGAAUCAGCAGCCUGCGCUCGGGGAAAGAGAGAGAAGGAGGGGAGAAGAAGCGAGACAGAGGUAGGGAGAGGGGGGACUUCAUACCCUCAGUGCCGAGCCCCUCUCCCUCCAACUGUAAAGGGAAGCCCCCUCACAGCUACGCCACCCUCAUCGCCAUGGCGAUAGCAGCUGCACCUGAGAGGCAGCUGAGUUUAAACGACAUCUACACCUGGAUCAGCGACACCUUCCCGUACUACAGCCGAGCGGGCCGAGGAUGGAAGAACUCCAUCAGACACAACCUGUCCCUGAACAAGUGCUUCAGGAAGGUUCCUCGGCCGCAGAGCGACCCCGGCAAGGGCUCCUAUUGGACGAUGGAUGGACCGUCAGAUGUGACUGAAGUGAGGGCCCCUAAACGACCCUAUCCCAAUGAAGACGACGAAGAAAUAGAAGAAGAAGGGGAGGAGGAUGUUCCUCAGGCGGCGCAGAUCGAAGCUUUGAGAGGACCGUCUCCUCAUCAGAUACAGAUACCUUCUCCCGUCGGACCCCCACAGCAGCACUCCCCCCGCUCUCCUGUCCCUCACAAGCAACCGUCACCUUACAUGCCAGCCCACAUCUCCAGUACGCCUGCCUCCUGUUUAUCUGGCCCCCAAUCAUCCGGGCUCCCGCCUGCGGCCCCCACAUCCUCCAUCAACUCUUUUCUUCCUCCCCACCCGCCUGGCUCCACCUUUUCCAUCCCCGUCGUUUCUGUCGCUCCUUCGCCUGUCAGCAUGUCUUUGGUCUCUCCGGCUGCGCCCUCGUUCUCCGAGGCGACGCUGUCCUUUCCCGCCGCUUCAGACCCCCCACCCGCCCCCGCUUUUCCCUGCAACUCCACACCCGGGCCCGUUUGCACCCUGCCAGGGCCCAAUUAUUCAUCCUCCUCUACCACUGCUGCCGCUGCAUCGAACCCGUCCGCCGACCCUCCGCUGCGCUUCUCCUUCGAUGAGCUGAACAUACCGGACUUGUACGCGUCUUUCAAGUCUCUGUUCAAGACGAUGCGGGAGAGGGGGGGGUCGCUCUCAGACGUAGGUUCCCUGGUUGUCCCCAGUAAUGACACCACACCACUCCAUACUCCUACGGUGCUGCCGAUGUCCCCGUACCCGACACCUGCACCACCUGCAGCACCCGCACCCCCUCCAACAGCUGCCCAAGCUCCACAUCCUCCUGAAACUGAGCGUGUUUCACACGGCACGGUGCCGCCCGGCUGGUUCAGUAACCAAGAUUCUCUGAAGGAGAGCUUCCGAAUAGCCAGCAACCUGGACUGGGCACACAUCGAUCUCACCGGUCAUCCAGACCUGCUGGAGAGCAUGAAGAAGGCCGAGCUCUGUGACUGGGCCUUGGAUCCGGCGCUCUUCACUUCCCUGUGUGACUCUCUGAACCGUUUCUUUUUCGACAAAGGCAUGAUCAGCUCUGCCAAUAAUUCCCCCGGCGCACCUCACCCCCUGCAAGCACCGUCGCUGACAUCCCACCUGCCUCCAAGCCUCACUCACCUCACUCACCCUUCACCCCUUCCUUACCCUCCAGCCGUUCUUCCCAACAGUGGAUCACAGCUGCCGCUCAGGCCCCUGUCCAUGCAAGGACCGGUUUUCCAGAGACCACAUUUGGUACACCCAGCCAGCACAGCUGCUGGGAUCCAGCCUCAGUCUGCGACGCCCCGACAGCGUCUCCCACUAAAGCAUCUGAAAAGCAACAGUGAGGAGUUUCAGGACGACUUCGACUGGGAUUCUCUCGUUUGACCCUCGUUGCCCGGAGAAAAAUCAAAAACUGAGAAAUACCUCUUGUUUCUCCGACAGCAAGUCUGGGAUCGAGUCACGUUAUGGCUGAAUGUUUGACGUUUUAAUUUUUGUGUCGUAUACUAGUUUUUAUUUUUCAUCGACUAGAUUUUAAAAUGUACCAAAAAAAAAGGAACAGCUACCUAAAAAAAA